AGGGUCCUGGAGUCUAAAUGACAAGUUAAAUUAAGCUUUCCAUGCGUCUGAAGAUUUCAAACCAAAGUUUGAAAGUUGGUAGCUAUCGAGUGUGUAGAAAUUUGAGGACCUCAGUGAACUAUGCUGUCAGUUUCUGAUCCAGCUCUGUAAUUUUUCCUGUCCUACUGCCUUAAGGGUGAGUUGUUUCCAGUUACUUCAAAUUUUUUGUAAUACUAUCAACAGUUGACUAUGAAUUAUUUAAGUAGUGAGGAAAACUCUUUACUGUAGUUAAUCCACUAGUGACAUCCUAUCAUGGUACAGCACUGAAAUUUCUUAAACCCCUGAGAGCGACUCAUUCUGCUACAGAUAUUAUGAAAAGUAUCCUGCAUCCUGGAUUUUAUAAACCUCUGUUUUCAUGUUUUCCGAAUCAAAAACUCAAUUCUACUUCAAUUUCAUAACCCCAUUGUACUUUGACAUUUUCUUUAAUUAUUUCUUCAAGUUGAUCUACAAACCUGGAUGACAGGGUUAUCCAGCACCAAGCAAGACAAGCCAAAUGUAAACCGGCACUUACAGCAGAGUGAAUGCUGAAGACAUGAGGCAUGGACAGAGUCACCAUGGGAGUUUGGUCUAUGAGGCUUCCACUGGAGUGGUGCUGGUUCUGCUGGGGCUUCUGGGCUCAGUCAGUGGCUGUCCUACUAUCUGCACCUGCUACCACAACACAACUGACUGCUCUGCUGUGGGGCUCGUCUCUCUGAUGCCCAUCCAAAAGCAGCUAGACUUGGAUUCUCUGGUGCUCCAUCUUUCUCGGAACAACCUGUCCUCCUUGGGUAGCAGCGACAUGUUGAACCUCAGCAACGUGGAGCUCCUGGAUCUGUCCCACAAUCAUUUUCACAGCUUGCAGCCUAGAGCUUUCCUUGACCUGAGCAGCCUUCGAUGGUUAAAUCUCUCUUCUAACUACUUUGGUGUUAUUGUAACAGCCUCUGACCUCCCUAACAGCACAGUGACUGGCCACGGACUGAAUGGGAGUGAUGGUUUAAGCAAGGAGGUCUUCCAGGGAUUGUGGCAGCUGCAGGGGCUUGAUCUGUCCUCUAAUAGCCUUCUAUUACUGCCAAAGGGCCUCCUGGAUGGGCUUCAGAGACUCACCUGGUUGUCCCUGGCUCACAAUCGACUUAUGACUCUAGACAGAGUUACAUUUGAGCCUCUAGUUAACCUCCAGCAGCUCCAGUUGGCUGGAAACCAUUGGGAAUGUGACUGCAAAUUGAGGGAUUUCAAGAACUGGAUGGAGUGGUUAAUUUACAGAGAUGGACAGGUAGAUGUGAUGCAGUGCAAUUUCCCCGGGAACCUUAAGGGCAGGGACAUCCGUAGCAUUCCAGCAGAGAUGUUCAAGUACUGUAUAAGUCCAACCAAGGAUGUUGCAUUGAAUCAGGCCACUAAGCCUUCCUGUCCACCAGGGCGGCUCAGCAGCAUGGAUGAGUGUGUUUGGCAGCGACACAGGCCAGUCAGUGUUCGCAGGGCACAUGGCACACAAAUAGUGGCGGGAGUGGUGUGUGGCACAGUGUGCAUAAUGAUGGUUGUUGCAGCAACUUACGGCUGUGUGUAUGCCUCACUCAUGGCUCGGUACCAGAGAAAGAUGAAGAGCCGCGGUCAGCCUCUGAUAGCCAAGUCUGGAACUGAGACUGACCUGGAUGACGUCCCAGCUUUAUCUACUGACACACCCAAAGACGGCUGUGACUUUGUGUACGGAUAUCGAAUCAGCAGCUUCUGACAUGCUGAGAUCCAAUUGUUUUGGCAGCUUUGCUCUUCAUUUCUUAAACAGUGUCUAAAGGGAGAAACUCUGCAAUUCUGCCACCGUGCUAAAACUCUGGGCGUGGAGUGAUUGUACAACUAAUUUAACAAGUUAGAUUAGGUGAAGUUUAAAAACUGUAGCACAUUUGAAAUGCAUUGGUGUUCUUCAUAUGAAACCUAUAUAUGUGCUUAUUGGCACAUCUGGACAUUCUAGUUUUUUUAUUUGUGUUUUCCUUUCUCUUUCACAGCAUCUGAGUACAAGCUUAAGAUGCACAGCAAUGCAAAUUAGUUUCCCAACAGU